ACACGGAAGGGCUGCAAAGAAAAACACGACAGCAGAGGACGACACGUAGGCUGUGCUCGUUUUAUGGUAUUCUGGCCAAAAUGGACUUUAAUUAAAUAGUUUCCUCUGCAUUUCAGCCUGCAUUAUUAUUCCGUUUGUUGGUUUAGUGACCACCACCCCUCCUGACUGCAUACAUGGAGGAAGAAAGAGGUGUGGUGUUGGCCACAGAGAGAUAUGGCAGUGCAGAGUGCUGGAAGUAUUUAGGAAAGGAUGGAGUGAUGGAGAGGAGGAGAGAUGGGAGUGAAGGUGAAUCGAGAGGAAACUCUGUUGUUGGAGUUUUUAAAGCGUUCUCCAGCUCUCUGUCAGGGACUUUAGCCACUCAGGCCUCUCUCAAAGGUGUCGGUGUCGGAAACCAAGAGGCGACAGUAGCGGCGGCCACAAUCACCUGGUUACUAAGAGAUGGAACUGGCAUGCUGGGAAGAAUCCUGUUCGCUUGGCAGAAAGGGACUAAACUGGACUCUGAGGCCAAAAAAUGGAGACUUUUUGCUGAUGUUCUCAACGACACUGCCAUGUUCAUGGAAAUAUUGGCUCCAUACUUUCCUGCUUUCUUCACCCUGAUUGUGUGCACUGCAGGGAUAUUCAAGUCCAUUGUUGGAGUGGCAGGCGGUGCGACCAGAGCUGCUCUGACUGUUCAUCAGGCUCGCAGAGACAACAUGGCCGACAUCUCUGCCAAAGAUGGCAGUCAGGAAACUUUAGUGAAUCUGGCUGGACUGCUGAUCAGUCUGGUGCUCAUUCCCCUCGUCACUGAUAAUCCAGUACUGACUCUCAGCCUCUUCUUCCUCUUCACCAUCCUCCACCUCUUUGCCAACUACAAGGCUGUGCGUUCGGUUGUCAUGGAGACCUUCAACGAGGCGCGGCUUUCGAUCAUGCUGCAGCAGUACCUGGGAGACAGACGGAUCCUGAGUCCGCCAGAGGCCAAUCAGAGAGAACCGGUUUUCUUUGAGUUUAGAAAAACGGUGCCAAUCAGACUUGGAGUGAGGCUACAGGAGGUUGUACAAAGCCCAGAGGAACUUAAUUUGGCUUUGAAGAACAACAACAUGCCUUUCCUAUUAGGAGUACGAAAUGGCUCCGUAUGUGUUUGUUUGGGACCAGAAGCAUCAAUACACGAUGAAAUCAGAGCAAUGUGCCAAGCUGUGUGGCUCAGCAGCAUGUUGACUCCAACUUCCAGUCACUGGCAAAUGGUACAUGAGAGUCACAAAGUGAUGGACACAAUUUUCAAUCCAUUUCUCAAAGGUGUGGAAGCUGCAGGAUGGGACAUGAAACGAACUCUACUGGACUGGGAUGAGUGGAGGGUCGAGUGGAAAACAAAAAGCAGCUGAGCUGUCACCUGCUGCAAAUUUUGCAUCCUUUAUAUCACAUUUUUCAUGUUAAUUAAACAGUGACAUUUUAAGUA